AUGGAUGCAGAAUACGACUGCAAGUUCGAGGAGAUGAAGAAGUACAUUCCAUUUCUCGAGAAUAUGAUCACAAGAUUGGAGUCUACAAAUACAUCAUCAUCGAAUCCACGACAGGCGCAGCUCGAUAAGAUUCGUUCUUUGAGAGAUUUGCUUUCUAAUAAAAAGAAAAGAAUGAAAAUGGAAAACUUGUUGAAGUGUGAACAGGUUUUGGUUAACUUAUAUGCAAAGGUCGAACAGCGAGAUACAUUAUCAAGUACCAAAAAAGAGACUGAUUCUGGCUUUUCAAUAGAUGCGCCUACGCCAAAAGAAAAAUCUGAUUUGGAGGCUGUUAGAAAUAAACUUAAAACUGUCGUCAAAUGUCAGGAAAAUAUUCAAGAUACUUUACCCGAGAUCUUGCCGCGGAGCGAAAUUAAUGAUGUUUAUACUUCAGGUACCAAAGAACCAGCAUUAUUCCAGAGGAGGCCAAAUCAACCAAAUCAUACCAACCAAGAUACAGAAAAAAUCAAAAUUUCACCGCCAGGUUCGGCUUCUAAGAGAAACUACACACGAGUACUGGUAUCUCCUGAACGUAGCUCACGACGCUGGUCAUCCUCUGAGGCGCCUGUAGAUAAACCUUUAUUUAGCAGACGAUCUCCUCGUAAGUCGCCUAGACGGGUUUCUCCACCCUACUAUAAAAAAGAAAGGAAAAAAUCUAAAGAUUGGCAAUCACGAAAACAAAGAGAUCUAAAUAUUACUCUAAAUGUACCCGAGGCAAGCCUAAAUUCUUUAAAUACUAAAGAUAUAUUAUCAAGAAUUAUUAACUGUAGUGAUGGUGACGUUGAUAUUGAAACGUUGCGAGAGUUAAGAAAACAAAUACUCGGAGAGUUACAAAAGACAGGGGCUAAGGAUGAUAUAUCAGAUUUAAUACUAAAAUCGUAUAAUAAGAAUGUAAACCAAAGUAACAAAAAGAAAUCUACGAAAAAAGAAGAAAUAGAAGAAGGCGAAUUGUCCGACAGUGAAAGUGAAGCAAUUGAAAGUAUUUAUGGUAGCUUAGUGGUUAAAGAACCAGGUUUGGCUAAAAUAUCUUCUGAAAAUGAUUCACAGCCUCGUAAAAUUCAAAUUUGCCUUGUAAUCAAUUCUGAUAGUAAAUCUGAGGUCAAAAUGAAUGAAUUACCAACACAAGAUAGCACUGAUUUGGCAGAAUUAGAAAUGUACGAGGACAACAAAGCUAACAAAAUAAACGCUGGUAAUGAGACAUCAAUAAAUAACGAUCACAAGAAAACUACUAAAAUAACAAAGAAGGAUGAAAAAACCACUGUCGCGCUUUCUAACGAUAAAACUGACGAUGACCCCACUAUCCCGCUUUCCACGGAUAAAACUGAUCUUAAAAAUUCCCAAAAAGUUACUAAAGACGAUACUGCUAAUGAUAUCGAAACUGUCUCCACAGAAGAAAAAGCUCUUACCAGUGAGAAAAUAAAUUCUCAAUUCAAAGCAAAUUUCUACAACCCGUUAACGGAAUCAAGUAAUUCAGAAGAUGGAGACUCUAAGAUAAAAGAAAACGUUUGUGCCCAAGUAGGAACUGACAGUUUUCCUAAAACUUCUACGUCUGAUAAUAUGUUUCAAUUUGAGAGUUCAGUAAAAAAAAUGGAAAAGUCCUCAGAAAUACCCUUAUUACAUGACCGCACCAUUGAAAAACAACCAUCAGAUAACACAUUAUCAGAAAUUGACAUUCUCCAAGCUCUGAAAAAUGAAAUAUUAAGUGAAAUAUCUGUACCUGGUACCGAGAGCACUACUCCCCUUCUACAUCAACCUAAAGUAAUUAAAGUUGCUAAUGCUCAAGCUAAUCAAGUAUUACCUAAAAAAAGAAUAUCUAUCGAAAAGUAUAAAGAAAAAAGUGUGACAUCCUCACAGUCAAGUUUGAAUAAAAGUUCUAACAAAGACGAUCAGGUAAAAAAACCGAGUUUAAAAUUGACAGACAAAGAGUGUGAAAGAUUUUUUAAUGUUCCGAAAAUUCCUUUUGAUGAUGAAGAUGAAAGCUUAGAAGAGGAUGGUGAUGCAGCUAUUGAAACUAGUGACGUAUAUGGAGAUCUCGCUCCUAAAUCGCCUGACAAUGAAGAUUUUAGUAACAUCGAUUCUACGCCUCCAGUAAUAAUACCCGUAGAUCCGAUCAAAAGUGUGCCAUCAAAUUAUAAAGCUGAUGUAGAUAUGAGAUCUUUACCACUUUUGUCGCCAAACAACACUAAUACAAAAACAGUGUACAAUAAUACGAGUACCAAUAAUAAUUUAGUUGAUAAAACAAAACCUGAUAUCAAAACAGAUCAAAAUCAUGGCAAAAAUAGGUCGGUGCUGAUAGAUCCGCGUGUCAGACGAGAUCUUAAUUCAAAAAUCAGUACUCAUAGUCCUAAUCCGCAUGCUAAUAACCUAGAGAGGACGUCAAGACAAAUAUACAGUGGUGUUCCGUCUGGUUCUACGUGUAAUGCAAAAAUGACGCCUAAUGCUCGGACAUACGAAAUGACACCUACUCAUCAGUCAUUUGAAAUAGAUCAAUCUAAUCGAAAACACGUAUAUGCUUCUAUGUCUUGGGAGACUACAGAUUCAAUUGGAGAUCGAAAGUCACGUAUCGAUGAAGGAAGAGAAUCUUGUUGGAAACCACAAACAGAUGAUGUGGCUCAAAAUAAAAGGUUUAGUGACUCAUUUAAUAGUGAUACAUAUAGCAAUGGUCCGGCAAAUAAUAGGUACAUGGAUCAUCGGGAUGAUUUAUACAGAUCAGAAGGCCCCGUAACAUCAGCUUUCAUAAGAUCUGAUGUGAUAAGAAAAGAAGGUCCAAUGACGCCUCUUCCUUCAUUUGGGCGAUCUGACUGUCCCCCUACGCCUCUUCCUUCAUUUGGACGAUCCGACUGUCCUCCAACGCCUCUUUCUUCAUUUGGGCGAUCUGACUGUCCUCCAACGCCUCUUCCUUCAUUUGGACGAUCGGACUGUCCUCCUACGCCGAAUCAUCCCUUCGGUAGAUUGGAAUGUCCUAUGACACCUACUCAUCCUUUUGGAAGAUUAGAGUGUCCUUCGACACCGAACCAUCCCUUUGGAAGGUUGGAUUGCCCACCGACACCGAGUCAUCCCUUCGGAAGACUGGAGUGUCCUCCAACGCCAAAUCAUCCUUUCGGGAGAUUGGAAUGCCCACCUACACCAUCCCAUUCUUUUGGAAGAAUGGAUUGCCCCAGUACCCCAAGUCAUCCUUUCGGGCGAUCAGAAUGUUCCCCAACGCCCAUCCACCCUUUUGGGAGAUCUGAAGCACCUCCACCUCUUAUGCUCGGUAUUUCAGAAUGCCCUAAUACAUCAAAUAAUCCAUUUAUUGGUGAUGGCUCCACGACACCUACACCAUUAUUUGGAAGAAACGAAAUUGGACCAAGUAGUGGCCAGACAUAUUCUAAAUCUGUAUCUCAAACAAAACAUUCGUAUGGACGUACAGAUUCAUUGAAAAACCAGUUUGGGAGAUCUGAUUAUAAUGCUGCCACUUACAUCAAGGAUCCUAGGCUUAACAGAAAAUCAGAUUCAGAGUCAAAGUUACAAUAUGAUGAAAGGGAUCAAACCUAUUAUAAGGAAAAAGAUCGUUAUCGUGGUGCCUCUUAUUCAUCACAAAAAUCCUAUAAUGGAUCGGGAAGCUAUCGACAUCGCGAUCUAGAGCUAAGUACUGGGAGAAAUAGUAAGUAUAAAUACUUUGCUCCUGAACAAAGUGGAAGAAACUUUAAUAAAGAUCAGGAUAGACGUGAUCGUGUUGUAGGCCGUUCGCAAUCAAAGGAUCACGAAACUUGCGGAGCUUACGGUAGGGAACGUUGGUUUAAUAGUGACCAUAGAUUACAUGAAGAAGUUGGUUCACGACGUGAAAAUAUAUGUAAAAAAAAUACUGGGCGUGGUUCAGGAUAUGAAGAAACAAGUUCUUCCGAGAAGCCACCUAGUGAUAAUAACUCAAAAGAUACACUGUCUGUGAAAUCUAAUACUGGACGAUCUUUUACCAUUGACACUAGUAUCAAUGCCACAUUUCAACAAAUUAUAGACAGUGCUAAUGAAAUUCAAAGUUUCGUCAGCAGUUUUGAUAUGAGGAGGCAAAGGGCUGGUAGCGUAGGACGAUCGCUAACCCGUGAGCCUAGUUUAGGACGGGUACCAACGCAAGUUAGCAAGGCCCAUAACGAUGAUAAUGAAAAUAAGAGACGAGCUUUCCAACGAGCAUCUAGUGUCGGAAGAGAAGUAUUUGAUUCUAAAAAAGACAAAAGGAGCUUACAAGAAAUAAAAGCUGAUUUCAAAUCAUGUAGGUUUUUCGGGGACAAAUUUUUUGAUGAUAAGAAUAGUGGAACUUAUAAUAACAAAUCAAAGAUAACGACAGAUAGCGGUCAUAGUAAUAAAGAUACGUAUGACAAAAAGAAAAAUGAGUCAGAGCAUGCUAAGUCUUCGUAUUCACCUAGAAGGAAUUAUAGAGAUCCGAGAAUGCGUAAAUUAGCCUCCAAUAAAACUGAUAGACACGGGUCAGAUAAUUAUGGUCACAAACGUGGUAUUGUGUAUUCAAAUGAUAAAAUUGUAUCGGGAUCGGUUUUGGCAUCUGGUUAUGGCGUUAAAAACUAUAAAAUACCGAAAAUAAAAAGAAUUACGGAGGAGAAAGUAGAAACCUUGGCAAAACCUGAUUCCCGCACUAAAAAUAGUGACAAAGACAAGCAUUUUAGAAAAGAAAGCGACGAUAAAGAAAAAGGGUUAUAUAAAAAAAAGCAAGACCAAAAAGAAAAAUUAAAACAGGAUGAUAUUACUCCUGAAAAUGAAAAAGAUAAGGUAACAGUUAAAGAAGUCAGUAAAAAAAUUUCUGAAAAAAUAGUCGUAAGUGAUUCUACUGAAAAAAGGCUAACAAGAUCUAGCAAAAAGACGGAAGAAGCUAACUUAGAUACGGCAGUUAAAUCGAGAAAAUUCAAAAAGUUAAUUUAUGAUUCUGAAUCGGAUGACGACAUAGAAACACAGAGUAAAGAUACUAACAUAAAAGAAAAGGAAAACACCAUCAAAGAAAAAUAUAUAGAUAAAAAGGGUGCAGACUCAAAUAGAAUAGGAAUAGAUGCAGACGAAGUUAUAGCCAACAAACAAGUUGAUGACAACAAACAUGAACCUAAAAAUAAAGAUAUGGACCCUCAAAUCAAAGAAAUACUUUCUGAAUGUGAGGAAUUAUAUACAGAAUCAAAAAGUAAGGAUGUAAAAUCAAAAAGCCGGGAUACUAAUAUGAAAAAUUUCGAUGUACCUGUGAAAGAAAAAUUGAGCCCUGGUACAACGUUAUCACGUGUUGACCACGAGUCUAACUUUGGUAUGGAUGAACUAGAAAUCUUUUCCGACAACGUCGUAAGUGAUCCCGUAAUUGAAAAUAUCACUGCUCUGAUUGCUGAUCUUGAUAAUGAUCUUAAUACGUCAAAGGGUGAAUCGGGUCACCAGUUCACUAAAGAAAUCACUUUGGAAAAUAUGAUGGAAAAUAUUUCGAGUCCAUUAAAGGACCGUUUAAUGGAAAUGGACGAAGAGGAUUCAGCUAAAAUACUUCAACAUUCAAAGAACAAAGUUUCAAAUAAUAAAAUUGAAGAAAGUGACACAAAUGAAAAUCCGACAAAAGAAGUUCCUUAUGAAAAUCAGAUUAAGAGUGAUGCUGGUUUCAACCAUUUGGAAUCAUCACAUUCGGAAUAUGAUAGCUUAAAAGAAGAAUUCUUAGCUGAAAAUGUGUGUAUGAAAAAUUCUGCUGGAAAUACACCAACUCAGAGUGACGCAGGAAAUAAUGGAGUUAAUAAAAAUAACGUCGACUCUACCACUGAAACUAAAGAAACAGGCAGACCUCAUGAAGAUCAGUCAAAAUUAAAUGAAAAUGUAGAUGUAUGUUCUACUCCAGACAGUACGAUCAAUACAGAUGAUGUACUCAAAUUAAGUAACGAGGAAAGUUUGCAAGGUAGUACUAAUGAAGUUACAUCAACAGAAUCCAUUGAACUUCAACCUAUUUCUGCUAAGGAAAUAACUCCUGGAUUAGAUUCCAUCGGCAGCUUAUUGUCCAUUUUGCAAAAUAAAUCUAAAAUAAAAGAAUUACUUAGCAUGUUAGGUGAUCAAUCUAGUGAAAACGAAAAAAUCAAGAAAAAACUUGAAAAAUUAAGUGAAAUAGUUUCAGAUGAUGAAGAAAGUUGUGAUGUACCUACAACUCGUAUAGACCAAGAGGUUGAUAAAGUGGAGUCGUCUGAGAUUACAGAUAUGAAUACAAUAGAUACAAUAGAUUGUAAAGAGAUGGAAGAUACAGAUGUUGAUCAACUAAGUAGAGACAGUAGUAUAAAUAAUGAAAACAGUUUAAAAUUAGAAGACGAUGAUACUAAAACUUCGGAUAUUGAGAAAGAGGUCCAAUGCAAAAGCAAAGAUAUUUCAAACGUCGAAGCUAAAUCUAAAAAGAAACCCGUCAAGAAAACCAAGUAUGUGAAAAAAGCAAAGGGGAAGGCAAAAAAAGACACUGUUGUUACAGUAAAGCGAAUCACUCGUGCAGCUGCAGCAGAAACUAAACCAAAAGUAAAAAAAUUACCCCGUGAGCUAAUGCAAUUACAAGAAGAUAUAAAAGAAAUGUUCAUAAGAGAUGAAGUGUUGAGUGCUACCGGCAUAAGAAUGUGUCGUUUAGCUAAACUAGUUGAUGAAAAAAUAUCGCCAUCGAAAGAUGAGCAAUUUGUCUCUGAAGGUGGACCAAUAGUGGUUUUAGAGAAGUAUAAAGAUACGCCAAAUAAAAACUUUGAUGCCCAAAAAAAUAAAAAGAAGAAAAUAGUGACAAAGGUAAAAAUUAAAACCUUUAACGACAGUGUCCCGGAAACAAUUACAGAAGAUAAGGCGCCUAUAACUUUUAAGCAUAAACCUGGCCCUAAAUCAAAGACAAAAUAUAAAAAGAAUUCUGACCCUUACGUAUUUGAAUCGGAUUUGGUUUGUGAUACUAUACCAGAAAAAGUUAGUGAAGAUGGCUCCAGUAGUAACACUGACUCUGAGAGCGAUUCACUCACAUCUUGUAAAAGUUUUAGUAGUACAGAAUUGUUAUCGGAUUUAAAGAAAAAGACAAAACGCAAACGACGUGGAUGGCAAGCUGGUGUAAUCAAGACUAAAACUAAAAAGAAGAAAGAGCUGCCGAAAAAACCUGAUCCCACACCGGAUGACGGCAAUGAAAAUAUUCACUCUGAGGUCGCGGUGCCGGAUCUAAGCUGUUACACUGACCGAAAUUAUUGUUUCCAGAAAAACCAGUUUUCUUAUUCAUGCCGACUCUGUUCUUUCACCGGUACUGACAUAGUACUUCAUUAUAGAAAUCAACAUCCACAUACUGAGAUUCCGUUAUCUCGAAUGAGUCCUGAAGUUGCAAAUGAAGCUAUUGAACAAUGCGUAGAAAUAAACUUUCCAGCGGUCAGCAAAAUAACUUCAGAUAAAUACGUAUGUACAUUUUGUUUCAAAGAAUUCAGUUAUAGCAAAUCGGUUUUGGAAACCUUCUUUUGGCACAUAGUAAGUAUGCACACCGGCGAAUACAAGCAAAACUGCUCUGAAUGCGUCAACAUACACGAGUGCCCAUUUAAUUUAGAUAUUCCGCCCCCUCCAAAGGACACUAAAGGCCAACUUAUUGGUUUUAUUUGCAAAAAAUGUAACUUUACUCAAAUUUCUUUAGAAAAUCUGAAAACUCAUGUAAUUAAGCGCCAUAACGAUGAACAGACCGCUGUCUAUACAAUUAAUAUGUCAGUAAUGAAUAAAAAAAGUUUGAUCUCCCUAAUACGACGCAGCGCGCAUGAUGAAAUGUUGCAACCAAGAAAUCGUACUUCAGACCAAGUUUUCGCAGAUAUAAAUGAAAAAUGUAAAGACAGUGUGGAAAGCGAUGAAAGUGAAGGGGUUAAAACUCGUACUUCGGCGAGAAAAUCAAAUGCAUUAAUCACGCCACCCAUACAAUCCAAGAUCACUUUUGAAGGGGACGAUAACAUCAGUGAAGCAUCAGAUUUGGUUAGUGAACCUAGCGAAAUGAGUAUAAAACUGGAAAAAAUAGAUUCAGAAAGUGCUGAUGUAAUUUCUAACCAUGAAGAGAACUUAGCAACGGAUAAGCUCUCAAAUAUAGAAGAUCAGUUAACCAAUCAACCACUAGAAUGUUCUGAACUCCAGCCUUCUAGCGAUAUUAUUAAUUGUUCACAUUUUAAAAUAAAUGUAACAGAGUCUGGUGCCAAGGAAUAUUUGUGUUGCAUCAAUGACAGCUAUCACUUCAAGACAACUCUUUUAAUUUCUAUGAAAAAACAUGUCCAAACCAAACAUUCGGAAAACUGGGACGGUUUUUGCUACGUGUGUAAAGUUAUUGUAACACCCCAAGGUACACACCGCUUCAGUGAUUGCUUGCAACACUAUUUAGAUAAACAUAUGGACAAUUUUCCGGUACUAGAAAAAAUAAUUACAGAACCUGUUUCUGAGAAUCUAUCGGUUAAAAAGUCAUAUAUUAAUGUUCGACCUAUUUCUGAAUUGAUUACUAAAUCGGAAGAUGAUACUAGAAUUCCAGAAAACGCGUCUUUGCCAAUAAUCCAAAGUGUUAGGAGUCUUGGCUCCAUUGACGUUGAAACUCCUCAGCUGAACCCUACGUUCCCAGCAGUUAUGCGGAAAAAACAAGAAGAAAAUAAAACUUAUAGAUACGAAGAACACCAGAUCGAAAUCGUAUCAAAGAAAUAUUAUUUAGUUUUAGAAGCCAUGAUGGCUACAAACAAUUUGGUGAAACUCUUUAAGUGUUCCGGUAGAUACUGUUUAUACGCUACGGACUCUUCCGAAGAAGCUUUAGCCCAUGCGACAACACAUCAAAGAAUCGGCGGCGUCGACGCGUUGAACUGCUGUUAUUGUGAUUUUGACUCUGCCGGCAAUGCCGUUGACCUGGUGAUGCACGUAUUCAAGACUCAUGGAAAUUGCCAUUAUUGCUGUCGGCAGUGUUUUUACAGGGCCGCGUCUAGUCAGGCCGUUGGGGCGCACGUCUCUAGAGUUCAUGGAGUUUCGUUAGUUCCCGGCAGCGUAUUACGAACAACAACGGUCCCAACUAUUCAAACAAAUUUUAAGAUGCUGACGCGAGAAGAAGCCGUGUCGUAUUACAUUUGUGGCCACAAAGAUAACGGUGAUUCCUGCAAGUUUCGCGCGUACACACCAGACAAGUUUUGUGACCAUUUACUACAGCGACACACCACUGCUUCUGCGCAUCCUUGCCACUCGUGUGACGCAGAUAUUGCUACACCUACCGAUUUAAUUCAACAUAUGAAGAGUCAUGGAUUAAAGUUAUACCAGUGUACUUGGUGCGUUCAUGGUGCAGACAAUGAGAAUGAGAUGUUGACUCAUGUGUCCAUUGAUCAUCCAAAUAAGCAACCACAAGCUUAUAUACGAAUAAUUACUAACAAGGAUGGCUCGAAUGCACUAAGAGUUCUUCCAUUAGCCUUCCUAACUAAACAAAAAGUAGAGGCAAAAGAUGUGACUCCGUCUGCUACCAAGGAGCAUCCUGUCCGUGAAGCAGAGCGUUCCAUUGAAAUGGAAGCUCUUAUUGGACCAUUUAUGAAUGAACCCAUACAACAAUCUGCCUACCAAACCAAUGAAACACCCCUAAAUACGUCUGAGACACCAAUACAUACCUCUGAAAUACCUGAAGAAUUAAUUGAAUCUUCUCAAGACACUAAACCUGUACUGAAUGUUAAUGCGUCUAAACAGAACGAAGAGACAAUAUCUCAAGUUAUUCAACCAUCGAAUCCAACAUCGAUCGUCACUGCUUCUUCACCGACUGAUAUAGUUGCUCCAUCAUCAUCUGUCACUGCUACUUUAUUACCUUCUCUGACUGUUUCUCCAACUGUUGCUGUUACCCCUCUAGUCGCCCCUCCAGUAAUUAGUUUAUCUUUAAUGGGUAGUCAUGAUCAUGAUACAACUCCUGUAACAAUUAAUACCGUAACAGCGCCUUCAUUAAUUCCUUCGGAUACGCAAUUGAAUUUACUAAAACCGGAACCCAUUGACACAGAGAAACUAGUUUCAACUGACGUGGUUGUCCUAGACAGUGAUGAAGAGGACACAUCCGCUGCUAACCAAGCUUCUGUCAUUGAUCUUUCUGAUGACGAAGCAUCCACAAGUUCAAAGCAGGAAACAUCUAAAAUUAUUCCUAAUGCCAACUUAUAUACAUGUCCACAGUGUAAACAAAUUUGCAAGAGCAUGGGAGGCUUUAAAAAGCAUAUAUACAGUUGCGUAACAGAUUUCUCGCGUAGCUUCCAAUGCCCUCAUUGCAAGUAUAAUGCUGAGAGUCUAGAGAAGAUCACCUUGCAUUAUGUUGCAGAUCAUACACAGAAUAGCACGUUUGAGUGUGGUUUGUGCAGGGUACUAUUAGUCUCCGAAAAUUCCGCCAAAAAACAUAUGAGAUCAGUUCACAAAGAGAGUAACAUUAAGUUUACGCGGGUCGAAAAAGCCCGCUUUAUAGUAAGUGUAAAGGAACCACAAAAAGAAAAAGUAUUACCAAAAAGAAAACUGAGUGGUCCAAAGACUGAUCCGAUACCGGCGAAGCGUAGAUUCGAGCCACAAGAAAUCGAUCAGCUUCCUAUAAGUCCCAUUUUAGAUCAGUUAGUAUACUGUUCUAGGUGCGAGUUUAGCACGAAGGUUCGCCUAAACAUGGUCAGACACCUGCAGCUUCAUGCUGAGCAGCAACCGGUGCCACAGACGGCACCGGUUAAUCCUGUGCCACACUUAGAAAGCAAUGAGAAACACUUUGAUAAGAUGUUAAAUUUAGCGUCUAGUUCUAUAGUUAAUAGAAUACUGGAUAAGUCUCGUGCGGAGCACACGCCAUCAGUAACUUUACUUAUACCCCCAGAGGCGGCGUCACGAUAUCCUAAGUACGUGCCGGAGCGACAGAGGCAUACAUGCGGCGCUAAGGGCUGUUCGUAUAUUUCAGUUGACGAAGCUAUGCUACGUCGUCACUGGGACGCAUUGCACUCAGGGACGAGUGACUUCCACUGUGUUCACUGUCCUCCUCAUCAACAUCUUGAUACUUCCAAACCUUUGACAGCCACUCGUAUCGUAUCUCAUUUAAAAAUGCACGAUUCCACACUUUAUGCAUGCUCCUCAUGCUCUUAUUAUCAUUUCAAGCGUGAAGCUUUAGAGAAGCAUCUGUCCGAAAUUCAUAAAACCGGACGGCUGAUGGUUGUAAGGGAGAAGAAUAGCGCACCCGUCGCGCCGGCGCCUGUCCUGAACAAUGCUGCGCCCACUAUGGACUUAAAGCCGUGGCAAUGUGGCUUGUGCAAGUUUAAGAGUAUGCUGCGCCCAGAGGUGGUGGAUCAUUGUUCGAAGUUCCAUCAGUCGAAAAUGCAGUUUAAAUGUGCUUACUGUCCGUUUAGGACAUCCGCUAUUGAAAAUGUCACUAAACAUCAAAGUAAUUCUCAUGCGGGAAAGUCUCAAGAAGUUUUUUACUAUUAUUACCGCGAAGGUUCUAUACCUGAUGACACUGACGGAACCCCGCGAUGGAUGAAACAACGGCAAAAAGCGGGCUCUUCAGAGCCUGAAGUGAAGGUCGAAUCCUCAGAGUCUCCACCUCCGAAGGCUAUAACAGCCACAGAGACCACUUCUCUCACUGUUGAUCUUAACUUAGUAAAGAAAGAGGCAAAUGAAGCAGCUGAAGCUGGGCUCACUGAUAUGCACGUUUUGUGUCAACAAUUUGGACAGUUUUGUGAGCCCAAUGGAAUUAAAUAUAAGUGUCCACUGUGUUCAGUUGUCAUGGAAGAUACUAGAGAAUUGAUGCAAUCACAUUUGUUUGAAGAGUUGAAUUAUAGAAAAUGGAGUUGCGGUCUAUGUUCAUAUAAGGGAUUUCAUAAAGCUGGGCUCACUGACCACAUGUUGUCCGAGCAUCGAAGACAAUACGACCACAUCGAACUACCUACUGACAUUAACAUAGAAAGAUGGGUCAACAGUAUGCUGGAUCACCAGGCCUCCAUUAUAAUGAAAUACAAAGAUAACCUGGCAAAACAAUCAAUUAUUAUUGAACACAACAAACCUGGUCCUUCUGUGGAAAUUGUGCUUCCAAAGGAAAAUGUUGGAAAGUACUCUGAUAAGGAUUUAGAGACCACUUUUGGCUCAUUUGGCUCACCCAACGGGUUAAUGUUCUGUUGUCCAAAGUGCAGUUUCGUGUCGAAGGACGAAGUACCGAUGAGAGAUCAUUUGGAGAUGGAAUUAAAUAAAAUAAGGUGGUGUUGCACCAACUGUACAGAGCAUUUCCAGACUUACCAUGAAGCUCAGUUCCACUGCAAGGGCCAUGACGGCCCUUCUCGGCCCAUAGAAGCGUUAAGAGAUCCAGCUAUGCGUGCUACAUGGGUCUCAACAACUAUACAGAAACAGAAACAAGGUAUUCAAGAAAUCCCUACAGCCUCGGUAUCUCCCACACCUGAAAAACUUCUAUCAGAAAAUGAUAAUUCUCUUCUCGUCGUUCGCUAUGAGGAAAAAGUGUCCACUCCCGAUCAAGGACACCUGAAACGAAAACGAACAGCUCCAGACAGUGACGACGAAAAACUCGUGAUUGACGAACUGCCAACUAAAAAGAGAGUUGAAAAGCACUGCCUACACUGCGACUAUAAAAGUGUAAACUACAAUAAUGUUAAAGUUCAUAUGCUGACACACUUCGGAUUGAAACCUUACGCUUGUAGCUAUUGUUAUUUCACCAGUUCCACAAAAAAAUGUGUAACAAAACAUAUAGAACAAACACACCCAAACAAACCUUUCAAAGUUAAGGCAACAGAUCUCCCUCCUGAGGCAAAAAUACCAAUAACCAGAAAAACUCUCAUAUGCUUAGUAUGUGAAAAGCCCAUCUCAGAGUCUGAUACUCAUACACAUUUACACAAUAACGUGAAGCCGGAAUUUUCGGGAAGUGCAUUUGUUUACAAAUGCAGCAUAUGCUCGAAACUAUGUCUGGACUCUACAUCUUUAAUGGAGCACAACAAUAAAGCACAUCCUGGGGAGCCUGUCAAAGAUGUUCUAUAUAAACUAGGAGUUGACACGACGGAAAUUUAUAAAUGUGUAUAUUGCGAUACUAAAUUUAAAUACAUAAAAGAGUAUAGGGCUCAUCACAUGGCUGCCCACCCUACAUUACCGUCUAAAAUGAAUCUUUCGUCACCCAUGGGUAUGUCAGAGAUUAAAGAAAGUGAUGUGGUUCCUUCUGCACCAAAGAGAUGCGCAAGAAAGUCGACAACAAAGCUUCCAAAUUCCGUUGCUAAGAAAUCUACUACAAAAUUACCAAACACUGUGCAGAACGUUUUUUACAAUUGCUACUCGUAUUACGGUACAAAAGCUCCACCAUUGCAACAAUAUGCUAAUAUAACAACUCUGAUGUCAUUUUGUAAUAGGAUGGUACCAUUCUCUUUAAAGCAGUUAAGUGAACAUAUCAAUAUUGAGCCAAAAGUUAUGGUGACUGACAUCAAAGACUCUAGUGAUUAUAACAAGUUAACAAUGUAA